AUGACUCGCACAGAACGCGCUGGCUUCCCUCGUGCCUUAUUGAGGGAUCGCUCUGAGUCCAAGUCUGGCCUUGACAAGUCCGUCCGCAAGAACGGCGGUGGCCAGCACAAUUGGGGCAGCAUCAAUGAUGAACGCUACCUUGAGGCCGCUGCACUCGCAGAUGAAGAGGAAGAAGAGUUAGAGGAAGCCACCACAAAUCAGCAACGCAACAAUUCCAUUCCCAAGAAGCCCGUCCAGAAGCGGGCCAACUCUUUCACUGAGGAAGAAAGGCAGAGUGCUAGGCAGAUCAGGAAGAACGUACUCAAGGCACAAGACAUCGAUUUGUCCACGAUUGCGCGCACUUCUUCUGCUGCGUCCACAUCUCCGCCCACCAGGUCGCCUCCGGUCGCUAUCACUGGCAAUGCGGAGACUGCCAGCAUAAAGUCCGCAUGA